CUGUGGAAGCGCAGCCUUCGUUCUGGUGUGAGAGUGUAAAUAAAGCUGACGUUAGCAGGUUAGCUUAGCGGACACUGUACUGCUGAUGACUACAUGUUUAUCUUCUGUUAAGAUAAAACCAAACUCAGAAUGGUGUGGUGUGAGCUCAGCUGACAGUGGCGACAGGAGUGAGUAGUUGUAGAUUCUGUGGAUUUUGCUCCGUCACAGCAGCUAUGGCGGAGGCUACCAGAUUGAGUAGUAAUGGGACGGCCCAGCGGGGCCCCUACAUAAGUGUGAUAACGAACCGCACAACGAACCUGCUGAUCCGCGGCACCAUGCUGUUUGGUGUGGGUGUGUUUCUAGCAUUGGUACUAAACCUGCUGCAGGUGCAGCGUAACGUCACCCUCUUCCCUCCUGAUGUCAUCAGUAGCAUCUUCUCUUCAGCAUGGUGGGUCCCACCCUGCUGUGGAACAGCAUCAGCUUUGAUAGGGCUGCUGUAUCCAUGUAUAGACAGGCGUUUGGGGGAGCCCCAUAAGUUAAAGCGCGAGUGGUCCAGCGUGAUGCGCUGUGUGGCUGUAUUUGUUGGCAUCAACCAUGCCAGUGCUAAGGUGGACUUUGCAAAUAAUGUACAGCUCUCUCUGACCCUGGCUGCAUUGUCAGUAGGGUUGUGGUGGACAUUCGAUCGGUCUCGCAGUGGCUUUGGCCUGGGAGUUGCUAUUGCACUGCUUGCAACCCUUGCUACGCAACUAUUGGUCUACAAUGGAGUGUUUCAGUAUACCUCUCCUGACUUCCUGUACAUCCGCUCUUGGCUGCCCUGCAUUUUCUUUGCUGGUGUGAUAACCAUGGGCAAUAUAGGACGACAGCUUGCUCUUUAUGAGUGUAAAGUUGUUCAAGAAAAGAUUCAUCAGGACUAACAGCUUCAUGACCAGGGACAGAUGGGUGCGAAAAUGAGGAAACUCACACAAACUUUUACAGUGGUGGAGUGAUUUUAGCAUGUGCACUCUUACAGCAGAUGGAGGAGGACGUGUCUGUGAUUUUAAGGUGGGACAGCAUGGCUAUUGGUGCUUACUCAUUGGCUGCCAGUACAUUUCCACCCAGCCUCUUCAGAACUGAAGAAAGCUGAAGCUCAACACGACUAAAACCUUUCUGCCCUCUGGCUUUAGCCUUUUAGAGUGUGCGAAACAGCAUUAAACUGUCCACAGCAGCGCCGUUGAAACUCUUGGCUGUGAUGUGCCAAACUGACUCAGACUGAUCCAGCUGUACUUACAGAAAUAUUCACUCUUCACAUCCUUGUGGUUUAUGUCCGUACUCUUGUUUGCCGCUGUGGUCAUUCUCUUUGAAGGUGCUGUUGGCCAGAGUGUGAACAUGAGUUAUGGGCAGAACAUGGUUACAGACUUGCACUUAUGGUUACAGAGUGAAAACUAGAAAUAAAAUCCCUAGAGUGGACAUAUACAUUAAGGUGUAUAUAAGGAAGAGGUAAACAUUUAGAGCUGCCAGUGAUGUCCAUUCUAGGAGUUUAUUUCUGUGUUCUGCAAGCAAAACGUACAAUUACAGUACAAUUAACAAUGUUUACAUGUUCAGUAUGUUUCUGAAUAAUUGCCCUGGAGACAUUUCACACUCACUAAGACAUGCAACAUGACAGACUCCAGUGUGUGGAAAAUCAAGAGCAUAGUCAGUGUUAAACCAGGUGUGUAUUAACCUAUACUACACUACUGCCCCUGAACCAGCUUUUCCCCAUAGCUGUGUUAGGAACCAACUGGUUAGGACCAGUUCCAUUUCCCACAUACCGUCAUACAAUACUGUGCAAAAGUCAGAGACCACACUGUGUUUAUUUCAUUUCCAGUCUAAACAGCCUUUAUAUAAUUGCAUUUUGAGAAGGAAAAGAGAAAAAGAAGAAGGGGGAGGGGCAGAGAACAAAGACUUAACAUAUGUAAUUUUAAAAUUUCUUUUCCUUUGACUUUCCUCUUAUGCGAAUGUUCUCAUAUUUAAUCUCAGAAAUAUCCCUGAAAAACAUGUACUUAAUGGCCCUUUUGAUAGGAAAUUAAAUGAAGAGAGGUCUCUGACGUUUUGCACAGUACUUUAUACAGUGGUGUGAUGGUGCUGGUGAGCGGAGUAAAAAUAAACACUGCUUUUGCUUAAAUUUGAUUACACUGACAUUUGCCACAGCCUUAAGAUUACAGUUAUCUUUAUGAAAGAUGUUUGACUAAUUUAGUGCUUUUAAAGGGACCCAUCAGAGCAUGUGGUACUGCAACACAUUUAUACUCCUUAUUAACCCUGAAACUGAUGAAGCCAGUGUUUAGAGGUUAUUUUUGAGGGUGCUCUGGUUUGCAAUUAUGAACAGGAAGGGAUAUUAUUUGUUGCGUCUUACCUCUUUUUUUCCCCCUUGGUGAUAUUAAAAGGAAAAAAAGAGUGGAAUACCUAAUGAGGGGAGACUUUAAUUUUCAAGUGUUAUGCAUUGUAAAAAAAAAAAAAACAUGUUACUCAGUAUGUUAUGAUACCAUUACAGAUUUAAGAGAAAUUAUUUUACAAUAAAUGCCUGCUAUAAAAAUGGAAUAGCUGUAUUGAAAACCUCUGUACUUUUCUUUUUCGCCCCAUUUUUGACCUAGUUACCAGUGAACAUUAGAAUUGGCUCUGAGGGUUCAUCGAUAGUUGAUCAACUACAGUCUUGGACUAAAUUACUUUGUUAAUGGUGACUGUUAAGUGCAACAGUCUGUACAUGGAAAACUGGACCAAUGUUCUAUAAAGCAAGCAGCACAGAGCUGUAUAGCUUCAGGUUAUGGUUUAAAAAAGUGAAACCUGGAGCUGCAGGGAUUUCUAUUGAUUCUUGCCUGCAUUUCAACAUUUGACUGGAAAAUUACCAGCUCUGUUAUUAAAUAAAAAGAUUUUUGGGGCUACAUUUGCCAUUUGUGAUCUUUAACCACUAAACAUGUAAAGAGCAGAGAAGGGGGACUUUCUCUCUUACAACUGUUAAACGUCCUUUCUGUGGCAGUUUGUUUUUCCAUGUCUGAUAUGAAUAAAAAAAGAAAAUGAAAGUUUGA